AUGCACGGAGCGUUCGCCAAAUCGGAAGUAACGGCUUUAACCGGGGAGCUGCCCUGGGACCAGCCCAGCGAUAGCUGCCAGGAGUACAGCGACUGGAAGGAGAGGAAAACCUACCUCCCGCCCUGGAAAAAGAUCGAUUCGGCACCUUUAGCUUUGCUGCACAAGAUCCUGACGGAGAGCCCAACUGCGAGGAUCACUAUCGCUGACAUCAAAAAGGACCGCUGGUACAGCAAACCCCUCAAAAAGGGCGUCAAGCGGGCUCAUGUCUCCUCUGGAGGGGUCACCGACUCCCCCGGUGGCUUCUCCAAGCACGUCCGAUCCGAUACGGACUUCUCGCCAGUGAAGAGCGUGCUGGGCGAGGAGAAGGCGACUUACUCCACGUCGCAGCCGGAGCCCGGCACAGGCGGGACGCUCUGGGAGAGCGGGGCAGCUGCCAUCGACAAACUGGUGCAGGGCAUCAGCUUCUCCCAGCCCGCUUGCCCCGAUCACAUGCUGGUCAACAGCCAGCUCCUCGGCACCCCCGGCUCCUCCCAGAGCCCGUGGCAGCGGCUGGUGAAGCGGAUGACACGCUUCUUCACCAAACUGGACGCCGACAGCUCUUACCGCGCCCUGAAAGAGGUCUGUGAGAAGAUGGGAUACGGCUGGAAGAAGAGCUGCACGAACCAGGUCACCAUCUCCACCACGGACCGGAGAAACAACAAACUCAUCUUCAAGGUGAACCUGGUGGAGAUGGACAGCAAGAUUUUGGUGGAUUUUCGCCUCUCCAAGGGUGAUGGCCUGGAGUUCAAGAGGCAUUUUCUGAAAAUCAAGGGCAAGCUGAGCGACGUCGUCAGCACCCAGAAAGUCUGGCUGCCCACCACCUGAGCCCCCCCCUCCUCUUCCUCUCCUUGUCCUCCUCCU